UUUGACCGAUGUAAUAAUCCAAAGAGCCAACAUGGCGUCGACAAGAGCAAAAUAGUGAGAAGUCGAAGACUUUCUCCAGAAAUUUCCGCCUAUUUCUGCCGAAUUCCGCGCAAUUUUGCGCUUUCAAACUAUCCUAUUGUAUCUUGGAAUGUGUGGAACAUAUCUGUGACUGAGUUUUCCCCAACUUACAUUAUUUGGGGCUAAAAAAUGGGUUCCGAGUCGAGCACUUUGCAAGGGUGUGACUUUGAGGAAGAGGUCCAAACUUCGGAGAAAAACUGGACACUUCACUCGGCACGGAAGAAGGACGGGUCCAAAGUGUCCGUGUUCGUUCACAAGACCACACAGGCCAAGGAGGACCCUGUUAUACAGAAUGCCGCAAAGCAACUGAAAAUCCUUCGCCAUCCCACGAUCCUGCGGUUUUUCGACACGUGUCAGAACGUGGAGGGGACGUACCUCAUCACGGAGUCGGUGCGCCCACUGGAGCUUGUCAUUGACACGCUGACGUCAGCGGAAAUCUGCGCGGGAAUGUUUAACGUGAUUGAGGCCCUCAGCUUUCUCCAUGAAAGGGGUGGAGUGUGCCAUAACAACGUGUGUAUGUCCAGUAUCUAUGUGAGCGGGGAUGGCAGUUGGAGACUCGGAGGCUUUGAACAUCUCUGCAAGUUUGAACAGGCAUCUCCUGAGUAUCUAGACAAAGGUCGUCAUCUUCGCAACCCCCAGUAUCUCCCACCAGAGGAAAAGGAAGGGAAAUAUGUUCUGAAUGUGCAAUGUGGUCAUGCAAGGGAUGCCUACGCUUUUGGCAUCCUCGCUGAACAGAUGUUGGAGUACCUUACAGAAAUGGGAGGAAUGUGUAAAACGUUUGAGCUGUCUGUGUCAGAGGGACUUCUACACCCAGAUCCUAGCGCCAGGCCAAAACUCAAGACUCUCCUUUCCAACAAAAUCUUCAAGAAUGACUACUUGGAGAUCAUGAACUUCUUGAAGAACAUUACUGUCAAGGAUGAGGAGGAAAAGAACUUCUUCUUUAGCAUGCUGGCAGCCAAAGUCUACAGUCUGCCCCCCGUUCUGGUGGCCACAAGACUGGUGCCGCAACUGAUGACUCGACUAGUCAUGGCUGAACCUGUAGCUGUGGAGUCUUUCUAUCCACACCUGCUUACCCCAUCUACAGAAAAGAACCGGUCGGAGGAGUUCAUCCCAGGUCAGGUGAACCCCAUCCUUCCCGCGGCGGUGUACCGUGAACACGUGAUCCCCAUCCUGGCCGACCUGUUCGCGGUGCACGAGGAACACGUGCGGAUGAUCCUGCUGCACCAUUUCCCCGCGUUUGCCGAACAGUUCGAUCCUGAACUCAUCCGGAGAAGGAUAUUGCGACAGUUGCUGCUAGGCCUGAAGGACACCAAUGACCAGAUUGUUGCAGCCACCUUUCGGGCCCUGGCAGAGGUGGUUCCAGUGUUGGGGGGAGAAGUAGUAGUGGGCGGGCAGAGGAAGAAAUUUUUCAAGGAGGGUCGACCAAAGUUUGCCACCUACAUGUCUUCUCCUGAAGUGUCUAGGAGCAAUGCCAAUGUGUCCAACCUUACAGCUGUGAGUGGGGUCAUUAACCUGCCAUUUGAUAUCAAGUCUUCACCUCCAAAGGCUGCCAAACCCUCUGUUAGUGUUAAACCUUCAAGAGAUCUCGACAGCAUUUCUGCUAAACGUCAGCUGGAAAGGGAGAGAAAGAGAGAAGAAAUGAAGAGACGAUCAGAAGAAAGGAGGAAGGAAAGAGAAAGAAAAAGACUUGAAAGGGAACAAGAGAGACUACUUUCAAAGGCAAAUGAAGAAGAAAUGAAAAUAGAUCCAGUUAUUGAAAUCAGUGACACCAGGGCUUCCACCAAUCCAGUCAUCGCUGCCAUGGAAACAAGGCUGAAUGACACCACAGAGGAGGCUGACGAUUGGUCAGACUGGGAGGACACAUCAGUAGGCGUGGCCCAGGCAAAAAAGGAUGAUGCAAUAAGCCAAGAGAUAGAAGAAGAGCUUGAAAAAAUGGAAGGUCUUCCACAAGAACACGGUUUCGAAGAAGAGAAAAAGUUGACUUAGACAUAGUUCCCGC